AUGAAUCCAAGCUCCAAUCAUGAUAUCUCAUCUGUUCAGCCUAUUGCUAAUGCUUCUGAAGUAACAGUUUUUGGUGAUCAUCGGAGGGAUGAUAGGGAGGAGUCCCAAAAAUAUGAGGGAGUACAAAAAAUCAAUGAUGGACCAAUGUAUGAAGUUUAUGUACGUGACAUUAAUGAUCAUGUAACCGAAAGCAAUCGAACAAGUAAAUUUGACAAGGCCGAGACAGCAGCCAGAGCUCAUGACUUGGUGGCCUUCAAACUUUGGGGAUCCAGAGCAAAAACAAAUUUUCCAGAAACUCAAUACAAGACAGCACUGCAGGCUAUGGCUGACAUGACACAAACUGAAGUUGUGGAUACUGUCAAAAGGUUAAGUUUCACUUUUUCCAAACUCAUGUCCAUGUAUCGUGGAGUCACCAGGUAUAUCAGAAACACAGAAGAGGAAGCGGGAAGGGCUUUUGAUGUUGAAAGCAUAAAGCUGAAAGGGCACAACGCCAUUACUAAUUUUCAUAUCAAGUUUUACAACGUUGAGGCCAUUCAGCAUGGGGAAACUGACGAGAAAAUAAUUUAUAAGCCAAAAGACAGUGUCAACAUCGCGCAAAUUUUUCGGCCUUUUGCGCAUCUUGCGAGAAUUAUGAUCAAUUGGAACGAAGAGGGGGAGCAGCAACUUGAAAGCCUAAUGGAAAUUGAUGGUGAUGUUAAUGGAUAA